AUGGCGUCCAAGCAAGAUCAAUACCAGGACCAGUUGUCAGAAGGGGACAAUGACGAUAACACCGUCGACACGAAGGAUCCGCAGUUGCGGAAAUUACAAGAUUUCAUGGACAACCCUUUUAUGCUUGUUUGCACUGCAGUUUUCACUUUCUUUUGCUUGUUUGGCGAGGACAUAAGAAUAUGCUUCUUCGGCAAGCCAGCAGAUAACUUCUUCUAUGUUCUCUUUAUCAUCUGUCUGCUAUACUUCAUUUUCGAGUUCGUGUUGUUCUCUAUUAUCCAAGAUGGGUACAGGUGGGGCUUCUUCUUCUGGCUCGACCUGGCGGCCACUGUCAGUCUCCUCCUUGACAUUGAUUGGAUUUCCGAUGCGCUCAUCAGCUGGAAACUUGACUGGCUGGAUAACGACGAGAAUUCGUCUUCUUUCCUGGACUCCGACACAACGGGCGUGAUUGGAAUGGUUCGCCUCAUCCGCCUCAUUCGCCUCAUGAAACUAUACAAGAUGACAACAGCCCGGAGCGAGACAGACCAAGAAGAUAGACUGCGGGAAGAAGCUCGGACAGCUCUGAACGCUAAGCAAGCGGCACUCAAACGAGUUGAAGCUAGCCGCCUGGGGAAACAACUGUCUGAUAUGAUCACGAGGAUCGUUAUCCUCGGUAUCCUGCUGGUGCUCAUAUGCCUUCCACUCAUCAAAACGUCGGCGGUCGUCGACAACUCAAGAUGGCUGGGCCUUAGAAAUCUCUACUGGGUCGGGGAAGACGUGUGCGGUCGAGGCCCAGACAAUUCCAAACGUCCUUGUCUAGUUGCAGAAAAUGGAGAAAUUGCUUGGAAAUGGCAAAUUCUCCAGUAUGCAGGAGUCACGAAGAAAGACUCAACUUCCAAACUCCUAUGGCUUUACGUGCCGAGUUACCCUGAAGGAGGAAAGCUUCGUGACAUUGAGAGCAUCUCACUAGAAGUGGACGGCAAGAUGCUAACGUGGAAACCAACGAUCGAAUGCGCAGGAAUUAAGAAUCCAAAGUGUCCGUGGAGAGACGACGAGCAGGACCUGAUCAUCUACGAAGAGCGAGACAUCCGCACCUACGCAAAGUUCCUCAAAAGACAGGAGAGGCAGGAAGAAGCUAUUCUCAACAUGCUGCUUACCCUGUUCGUCAUAAUUGUCCUCUGCGUUCUAAUUUUCGUGUUCGCCCGCGACACACAGAUCCUUGUUGUCGCUCCGAUUGAGAAAAUGGUGAACAUCGUGAAGCAACUGGCAGAUGACCCCCUUCGGCAGCCGACCAUGGAGCCUCCGGAGGAGGAAAGCUCUGAGAAACAGAAAAGCGCAAACCAACUGGAAACAUCCAUGCUUGAAACGACGAUCCUUAAAAUCGGCGGUCUCCUGCAGGAAGACGUGAUGGUAUUCAUCAACACCGUUGGAGGCAUCGUUCAUAAUUGCUGUCACCUGUGGAACGGCGCUGCAAACCAAAAUGUUGGGGACGCCUUCCUUUUCACGUGGAAGCUUGGACACGCAUUCGAAGUCGAUCGCAUUAAGGAUAAUCAUGAGGCUGUCGAAUCAGGAGAAAUGGCAAAUAAGGCCCUCGUAGCCUUUGUCAAGACGAUCGUCGAAAUCCGACGCAAUUCCGAUCUCAUAGCAUUUGAGAGAGACCCUCGAAUGACUUCGAGAUUCGGAGUUGGCUAUCGACUCAAGAUUGGAUACGGCCUCCACGUGGGGUGGGCAAUUGAGGGUGCCAUAGGAUCGGACUUCAAGAUCGACGCCUCUUACUUAUCUCCGCAUGUCACCCUCACUCAACGAAUACAGGAAGCAACGAAGAUAUACCACACGCCUCUCCUGCUGUCAGAAUCGGUCUACUUCAUGUUGUCGGUCAAAUCCAAAGGCCGUAUUCGGAAAGUGGAUGUUGUCAAAGCAGACGAAAACCAGACUCAACAUCUGGGAUUGUACUGCUUCGACAUCAAUGAUCAAAUCCCGCGUGCGCCGGCUGAUCCCCAAAGGGUUCUUGGAGACGUGGUCAAACCUGACGACGUCUUGGAGAUACCAACAGAACAUCUACGCGGACCUGGGGUCGAGUAUAUGUUUGUUGUAGACGCGGAUAUCAGCACUCUCCAAGAGGGCUUCUCCGACCAGCUGUAUACUGAAUACAGAGCUGCGUUCUGCAAGUAUAUCGAAGGGGAAUGGGGGGAAGCAUCCGAGGGAUUCAAACGGUGCCUAGAGAUUCUACCUGGAGACGGGCCAUCCACAGCUUUGCUCGACUUCAUGAAAAGGACGGAUUUCAAGGCCCCAGAAAAUUGGCGGGGCUACCGCAUUCUCCCAAUUCUGAGAAAGUACUGA